AUGGGUAAGCUGGAGGAGUGUUGCCAAGCUAGUGACAACCCAGGGUGUGCCGCCGAGCGAACACUGCAAUUGAGGAGGCCUCUCCUGUCAGAGCACCCAGUUCACACUAGGAACAGAGAGACAGAAGAGCGGGCCAACAUCUACUUAAACACAAGUGCAGCAGCAAUACCAAACAAAACUAAAAGCAACCAACAGAUGCAUGGAAAGACGGCUUCUCUGAAGAGCCCUGUGUCCUGCACAGAGAAACUAGACAGGGUUCAAGAGUUCCCGGACUCCAGUCUGCCCUGGUCAGAAGGCUUGAAGAGCGAAGAGAUAAAGUGCAGCCGCGAAGGGACUCUACAGAGUAAAUACAACCAGCAAUACCACAAGCUGUUUAAGGACAUCCCUUUGGAGGAGGUGGUUCUCAAAGUGUGUUCCUGUGCUCUCCAGAGAGAUCUUCUUCUUCACGGUCGGCUCUAUAUCUCCAAGAACUGGCUCUGCUUCCAUGCCAGCCUCUUUGGCAAGGAUAUCAAGGUGGUCAUCCCUGUGCUAUCUGUGCAAAUGAUCAAAAAACACAAGAUGGCGCGGCUCCUUCCCAAUGGCCUGGCCAUCACCACCAACACCAGCCAGAAGUAUGUCUUUGUGUCACUGCUCUCCCGGGACAGUGUUUAUGACAUCCUGAGGAAUGUCUGCACCCACCUACAGCCUUCCAGCAAGAAGAGUCUGAGUGUAAGAGAAUUUCCAGAGGAACCUGAGUGCGCGUCUCUGGAAGCCUUGAUCCCAGAGAUGAAGUGGAGAAAAGUAUGCCCUUCCUCCAGGUCCCUGUCCCUCCCAGACAGCAUCCCUUGCAUCUCUCGGGCAGCCAUGGACUCCACAGACAGCUUCUUCCCCUCCAGGAAACCUGCAGGGACUGAGAAUGCUGUCUGUGAGGAGAAGAAGCUGGAGGAGGAGCUCAAGAGCGAUGGGGACUUGAGGCUCUGGGAUUACCGGCUCCUUAAGGUCUUCUUCGUGCUGAUCUGCUUCUUGGUCUUGUCCUCAUCCUAUCUGGCAUUCCGCAUCUCCCAACUGGAACAGCAGCUAUGCUCCCUGACUUGGGAUGGCUCAGUCCCUGGGCACAGGUAACAGCUACCUUCUCCUUCAAGAAGAAUGCUUGGGUGCUAAGGUUCCCUUGUUUCAGGCUCCUGCUAUGCUGGGACUGAGUGUGAAGGAAAAUAUUUCAGAUCCCUCCUCUUCCCCGCAACUGUCUUCUUCUUCCUCCAGUGAGUGACCCCAAGUACCUGUUUAUAAAGUUGCUGUAAUUUUUGGACUCAAGACAAAAAGCCAGAUUUUUGGAACCAACUGAGGAAUCUGUACACUAAGCUUCAGCAACCAUUUAAAUGAAAAGGCAAUUCUGCCUUGGAAACAGUUUCGGCACACCCCCUGGGGACAAAGGCCAAGUGCUGAUGCCACUGCAGGGAUGGGGCAGAAGCCAGAACACCAGCUACCGCCAGCGUGGGCUUUGUGCUCUCAAAACUUACUGUGCUUUCCUGGCUCCCUGAGACUCCCUGCUGGGGGCCCAUGGGUUUCUCUGCAGGGAGCAGGGCAUCUCACAGGCCAAGGGCAGGCUGGAGGGAGGUGCAGGGCAAAGGCAGAGAGCAGGGCUUGUGGCCAGGACGGCAGUGGGAGGAUUGUGCUGCUCUUCAUCGAGGCCGUUCUGACCCCUCAUGAGGAGGCAGGCUGAAACUUGGAGGACAUUCUUCGCAGCAGGGGGCUGCGCAGCAGAGAUUUCAAUGAAGUAGAACAGAGGUCGGGAAUUCUGUGUCCUCAGCUGCCACUUCCUGGUGAGACAGGUGGAGCAGGGCUUUUGAUCCCUGUGGUCACAGACCUGGUACCAGGCCUUCCCCUGCUGUGCCCAAACGUUUCCAAUGGCCCCAGCCCUGGAAGUGGGUGUGGGGAUGGCUGAAGCGGUGAAAGCUUUGAGGUCUGGCUUUGUAUUCCCUGCCUGAGUGCCCAGCUCUCAGGCACAGGAACAGCAGGGAGGCUCGGCUAGCAGGUGGCAUGAUGGUGCUGGGCCAAUACAGGACAGAGCUCACUCAGGUCACCUGCAGUCAGCAUGUUUCUGGCCACGGAGGAGGGUUUCCUGUCCAUGAACUCUGUUUUUCAUGAAUAAGCUGGAGAUGGAGGUGGAGGUGUUCAAGAUGGGCCUGAUACAGAGCAAGGACCAGGCCAAGGAGUCUGUCUGACAACUUUGGGGACAAGAGAGGUAGGGAGUGGGAAGGGUAGACAGGGUGGUGACUUUACCUUCUCUGUUAAGGCAUUCUCUAUUCUAAAAAGCAUCUGUGCCCCUGAACUGUGCCCUGCUCUCCCUAGCACUCCCAUCUACUAAGACAGGACCUUUGAUGGUUCUGGAAGGGCCUUAGUGGGGAGCCCAGAGAUAGCAGGAAAAGUCACUGCUGCGGGCAGGGAGCUGGUAUCAGAAAUAGCCUCUGUUUUCCCUUCUUCAGACCCUGAGAGGUUAACUGGAGAGAAAUUCAGGUGGAAAUGAUUUAUUCCAGAGCCAUGAUGAUCUGUUCUGUUUAUGACAAACCCAACGAAGGUAACAAUUCCCUAAGCUCAGACUGGAGGUCUCCACAUCCUCUCCCAGGAUCUAGGGUUAAGUAUAGAAUCUGGCCUUGUGGCUCUCUUGCAACAAAUCUGUCUGUCUCAGGUGAAACUUUCCAUUCUCUACAGUGCCACAUUGGAUGAAUGCCCCUUCUUUUUUUUUUUUUUUCUGGAACCAGUCCCCUUCAUCACUCCUUUCCAUCAUAUUUUCAGGGAAAUAAUCCUACUUGCCCCAGCACCUCCCAUCCCUGGUUCUUGCUGAAGGCUGCGGAGACCAGGUCCACUUCAAGCCUCUCUUGGUCAGAGACCAUGAGAGGUGCCAAGUCAUGAGUGACUGUGCCAAGAUGCUGGUGAGCCUGGUCUCCAGCCAUGCCCCAGCCUCAGUACUGUAAGAGGUCUGCUGCGGGGUAAGUGGCAUUGGAGGUCCUCCUGGGUCCAGAGUUCAGAGUAGUAUGGAUGUGCCUGAUAUUCUCUAGAGCCCCCUCUCUCGAUUUCUCCCUUUUGUUCCCCCAGCCUGGUCCUUUGGGGGCAGUGUACCAUCUGUUGUGCUCAUUGAUAAACUCAUUGUAUAUUUAUACAGACUUGCUUGCACUGGCCGAUGCGCCUCUAAUUC